AGUCGCCACUGUAACAUCAGUCGGGUAACAGGCCGAAUCCCAAGUUUCUGCCAUCACAAGUUGAAACGCUCCCGCUCACAAGUUUUUGUUUGUUUUUGUGUGGCCGACUAGAGACAAGUCAGCUUUGGCAGUUUCUCCCCUCCAUCCAGUUUAACGUGUUUUUGGGGGGGUAAAGAGAAAAAAUAUUAAAAAAAGACAGAUACCAUGUGAACGUCUAACGAAUGUUGGUUGUAAUACGUCGUGGUUGCUGAAAGUGCCUCAUUAGAUUAUCGAUCCCGCUGUGUGUGUUUGGCUGACUGUUCACUUUUUUUGAAUAAUAGAACUGACAAGAAUUUCUCGUGAACCCAGUUUUCUUCCGUCAUCAUCAUCUUGUUGUUCCCAUGUCUUCUUCUGCGGUAGCCAAGUGAAGAAUUUUGAUAGAAAAUCGUCAAAAAAUCCAUCAUCAUGUCCGUCUGGUCAUCAGUCAGCGUCUCUCGCGUGAUUCCCAUGGCGGGCGGCUUGAUGUUGCUGCUGCUGCUCUUGUGUCACUCUACCGGAUGCGCCAAUCUGACGCCAGAUCCGUCUGAACCGUCCCGACCUGUUUUGAAAACGGCCCGUUUAAAUGUGAAUCAAACACGACUGGCUACUACUACGACGACGACAACGACAACGUUAUCUCCCACCGGAGCCAAAACGACCCAGACGCUUAACAGUGGCGGCGGCGGCUUGAAAAUAGCGUCUAAACCCGACUGCAAGUGUCGACCCGAAGAGUUUACCUGUUCUUCUUCGUCUACCGGUAGCAGCGGCGGCAUUAGUAGCGCAGCCGGUACUAAUAACAGUCGCCGUAAGGGACAACUGUCCUUCACUGUCAAGCAGCAGCAGCAAAAGACUCUGAACGGCACAGCCAACGGCCAGAAGAGCACCAACGUCUUGGCCAUCCAGCAACAACAAGGCUGUGUUUGCAUUCCGCUUUCCUGGGUGUGCGAUGGGAAUCAAGACUGCGAUCGCGGCCAAGACGAAAGCGACUGCGGCGAAACGGUUUGUCAUGGCAUCCGUUGCCGGAGCGGCUCGGCUGGACACCCGACGCCUCGAUGCAUUCAACCCGACUGGCUCUGCGAUGGCGACGACGAUUGUGGCGACAAUUCCGAUGAGAUUCAUUGCGAAGCCAGCCGGAAUUGCACGGCCAGCUCGUUCCGGUGCCCCAACAACGGCAAUUGCAUUCCUCAAGUCUGGGUGUGCGACGGCGAUCCGGAUUGCGACGGAGGAGCCGACGAGCGAGACUGCUCGGUUUUGAUGACACGGACGUGCCCUCCAUCGCAGCACCGAUGCGGCAACGGCGCCUGUUUGCCGGCCGAGUGGCGAUGCGACGGCGACCCGGACUGCUCCGACAUGUCAGACGAAACGGGAUGCCAACAGUCCGGCGACGCCGGGGCCGAUGGGGCCGUCGAUCGCGACUGCGGGGCCGACGAGUUCCAAUGCGCUUCCGGCCAUUGCAUCAAAGGCGCCUACCGUUGCGACGGAGAAAUCCAUUGCAGGGACGUGAGUGAUGAAUUGGAUUGCGGCUCGUUACUUCCGCGUUGCGUCGAGGGAGAUUUCCGCUGUCCAGACGGCCAGUGCAUCGCCCAAGCUUGGAGAUGCGAUGGCGAACAAGACUGCGAGCCCGGAGUUGAUGAGGAAAACUGUGACAGCAGCACUGUGGCCGGCGGGGCUGCCCACACUUGCGGACCCAACCAGAUGGCCUGCUCAUCUUCGACCGGCAAAAACGGACCUUGCAUCUCCACGUCUUGGGUCUGUGAUGGAGAAACCGACUGCCCCGACGGCCAAGAUGAGCAAAACUGCCCGGCUAAUCACUGCGGGAAAGAUCAGUUCUCCUGCUCCAACGAUACGUGCGUGGGAUUCAGUCGCGUCUGCAACGGCGAACGCGAUUGUCCCGGGGGCGAGGAUGAAUUUGACUGUACCAUCCAGAAGGAGUGCGACGCCGGAAGCCGAUGUCAACACACUUGCCUCGUCUUGUCCAACGGAACGGGGGCUUGUGGAUGCCGCAGUGGCUUCCGGCUGACCAGCGACGGAGUCAACUGCGUUGACGUCGAUGAAUGCGCCACGGAAACGUAUUGCAGUCAACUGUGCACCAAUACGGUGGGCGGAUUCAGCUGCAGCUGUGUCGACGGCUACGUCUUGCGUCCCGACAAGUCGUCGUGCAAAGCCCUGGGCCAGCCGGUCCGUCUCAUCUUUGCCAAUCGGGUCGACAUUCGACAGGUGUCCCUAUUCGAGGAGGAAUACACUUCGGUCAUUGACGGACUUCAGAAUGCCAUCGCCCUCGAUUUCCAUUACCGAAAGGGACUCGUCAUUUGGUCCGACGUCACCCUGGACGCCAUCAAACGGGCCCAUCUCAAUGGCACGGCCAUGCCGGACGCCGUUUGGUGGGGUCUCAAAAGUCCUGGCGGAGUGGCCGUCGACUGGAUCCACGACAAUUUGUACUGGACCGACUCGGGAGUUCGAAGGAUUGAAGUGAGUCUACUGGACGGGACGAUGCGGCGGACGCUCGUCUGGGAAAACGUCGAGAAGCCUCGGGCCAUUGCCGUCCACCCCGGAGCAGCGGCUGUCAUUUGGACAGAUUGGGGCCAUCAGCCACGGAUCGAGCGCUCCGACAUGGACGGCUCCAACCGCCAGAUCCUGGUGACUGAGAAUCUCGUUUGGCCCAAUGGACUCACCAUUGAUUACACGGUCGACCACAUUUACUGGGCCGACGCGAAGCACCACGUCAUUGAAAGCGUCAGGCUGGACGGAACCGGACGGAGGAGAGUGAUGGAACGCGGACUGCCGCAUCCGUUCGCCAUUACCAUCUUCGAGGAUUCGCUCUUUUGGACCGACUGGCACACGAAGAGCAUCCACCAGGCCAAUAAACUCACUGGACAUGAUAUCCGAACGGUGCGGACCAAUUUGCAUUUCCCCAUGGACAUUCACAGCAUCCACCCGCUGAGACAGCCGGAAUACGUGAAUCGGUGCGGCAGUAAUCGCGGCGGCUGCUCCCAUCUUUGUUUGCCCAAUCGUUCGAGUUACACGUGCGCCUGCCCUCCCGGGCUGCAGCUGAUGACGCCCAACGGCCGCACUUGCACAAGCCAGCCGGGUGAAUUGCUGAUUUUCGCCCAGAAAUCGGAAUUGAGACUCUUUCCGCUCAACGUCAGCGGCGAAGUCGAUCAUGUUCUUCCGUUGACGGGAGUGCGUUCAGCCGUCGCUCUCGACUGGGACGGCGCCAGUCAGACCAUUUUUUGGACCGACGUCGAGUCGGAUGUCAUCAACCGGGCCUUCUGGAACGGUUCCAACCAGCAGACGCUUGUCGCCAACGAUCUGGAAUCGCCUGCUGGUUUGGCUGUUGACUGGGUGACGAAAAAACUCUACUGGACGGAUGCCGGAACCAACCGCAUCGAGGUGAGCAACUUGGAUGGGACUCUGCGGAGUUUGCUGAUCUGGGACGGAUUGGAUCGGCCCAGAGACAUCGUUGUCGACCCCAUUGGUGGCUACAUGUACUGGACGGAUUGGGGUCAGACUCCGAAAAUCGAACGGGCCGGCAUGGACGGCUCACAGCGGUCGGUCAUCGUCAUCAGCAACCUGACGUGGCCAAACGGAUUGGCCAUCGACCACGAAGGCGAGCGGCUUUACUGGGCCGACGGAGGCACCAAAGCCAUUGAAUACGCCUCGCUGGACGGAAAGAACCGGACGGUGCUGAUUGGUGCUGAACUGCCGCAUCCCUUUGGAUUGGCCCUGUACGAGAAUCAAAUUUUCUGGUCCGAUUGGGACACGGCGGCCAUCCACAGCACGGACAAACUCAACGCCAAGCGACGGACGAUGAUCCGUUCCGGUCUCGAUGACUUGAUGGACGUUCGAGUCUACCAUUCCAAUCGCUACUCUGUCCCGUCUCUCUGUCAGUCGCACAACGGCGGAUGCUCCCAUCUGUGUCUCCUGGCUCCGCUUCCAGCCGGCCACUCGUGCGCCUGUCCCACCGGGAUCAAACUGUCUGCCGACCGGCGAACGUGCCGACAAUCUCCGUCGACUUCGCUCAUUUUCUCGCAGCGAUCCAACCUCCGCCGCAUGUCGCUGGACAUGCCCUAUUUGAUUGACGUCGUCCUCGACCUUCCGCCGCAGAAGAACGUCGUGGCUUUGGACGUUGACCGUGUGACGGGCCACUUGCUUUGGUCGGACACCACCCAAGACAAAAUAUUCCGCGCUCUGCCCGGCGGCCUAUUGUCUGCGCCGGCCGUCGAGGUCAUCGCUUUCAAUCUGGACACGGUGGAAGGAUUGGCCGUCGAUGAGAUCAACCGCAAACUUUAUUGGACUGAUGCCGGUCGUUCUAGUCUCGAAGUGGCCGAACUGGAGGACGGUGGCCACCGAAAAGUUUUAAUCUGGACGUUGAUGGAUAAGCCCAGAGGCCUGGUCCUAAGUCAUUCCACCGGAACCCUCUUCUGGGCCGACUGGGGCAAACAGCCGAGGAUUGAGCAGGCUGACAUGGACGGACGUAACCGCAAAGUGAUGGUAUCCACUGAUCUCGGUUGGCCCAAUUCCUUGACUAUUGAUUACGCGGCCAACAUGCUCUACUGGACGGACGCCCGGAAAAAAACCAUUGAAUCCUGUGAUCUAUCGGGUCUUCAUCGGCGAGAAGUUUUGACCGGACUAUCGCAUCCGUACGGUAUAACGGUCCUUGAUUCCUAUCUCUACUGGACCGACUGGGAGACGAAAUCUCUGCAAAGGGCUGAUAAAAACACGGCGCUGGAUCGAUCCACUAUUCGAGUUGGUCUGGAUAACCUCAUGGAUAUCAAAGCUUGGAAGGAAAUGGACGCUUCCUCGCACCGUGAGAAUCCUUGCGGAACCAACAACGGCGGAUGCUCCCAUUUGUGUCUGCGGAGUCCUUGGGGCCGCGGCUAUUCUUGCAGCUGCCCAACGGGAAUCCUGAUGAGCGCCGACGGAUCGACUUGCCAGCCGUCACCCAACUCAUUUUUGCUCUACGCUACGCGCAACACACUAUCCAGCAUUUCGUUGGACACGGCCGAUCAGUGGGACGUGGCCCUCAAUGUGCCCGGCGUCCACAACGCCAUCGGGGUGGAUUUCCAUUGGGGACGGCAACGAUUCUAUUACACCGACGUCUAUUUGGAUGUUAUCCGCAGCGUCGACGCCCGGAAUGUUUCAAAUGUCGAAACGCUCGUCUCGAGCAAUUUGACUACACCGGACGGACUGGCCGUCGACUGGCUGGCUGAUAAUCUCUAUUGGACGGACGCUGGUCGAAACGUGCUGGAAGCCUCUCGUUUGGAUGGAACCAACAGAAAAAUUAUCAUCGGAAGUGGUUUGGACGAACCGCGUGCUGUAGCCGUCUUUCCUCAGCGAGGGUUACUCUACUGGACGGACUGGGGACAGAGUCACAAAAUCGAGCGUUCCUUUUUGGACGGAUCACAUCGAGUGGCCAUAGUUACUUCGGAGCUGGGAUGGCCAAACGGAUUGGCUAUCGACUACGAGGGUCAGCGACUGUACUGGGCAGACGCGCAGCUCGAUCGGAUCGAAACGUCCGAUUUAAGUGGCCGUUUUAGAGUUCAGCUGGUACAAGGUGCCACUCACCCCUUUGGCUUGACUCAGCUGGGCGGAUUUCUGUACUGGACCGACUGGAGGAGCAAGUCUAUCGAACGCGUGGACAAAGCCACUGGCAAGCAACGAUCCGUUUUGCGUCACGGCUUGGAGGGAUUGAUGGAGAUAAGGGCCGUUGCCAGGGAGAAGCAACUGGGCAAAAAUCCUUGUUCCACUGCCAAUGGAGGCUGUACUCACCUCUGUCUCUUCCGUGCCAUUUCUUACGUCUGCGCUUGCCCAGAUAUUCCCGACGAUAUUCCAUGCACUUCUUCUGUCGUCAACAUUUCGGCCAGUGAUGACUACUGGAGCCCGGCGUUGGAUCCAUUCGAGAACGAUCUAGAACCCACCAGCGACGUUUACCCUCACAACCCGUACCGACUUGACCCGAGUGCUGGUGCCGGUGUCCUCCACCCGUCCAUGAUUGUCCUAUUGGUUGUGGGCAUGGCCGCACUCCUAGCUGCAAUGGCUGUUUUAUUGAUCAAGUGGCAGCGUCGCCGCUACCGAGACUGUCCCUGGAAUUCAAGAUGCUUUGAAUUCUUAGGUCGUGGGCCUCGCCAGCCGCAGCAAGUGUCCGUCCUGACAUUCACCAAUCCGAAUUACUCGCCGUCGGCUCCUGACGUCGUCGUGGCAGAAAAGAAAGGCUUCUCUUGGCAACGCUGGAAAUAUGAUCGAACUCAGGAACGCGUCUACGACAUGCAGGACGAGAAGCAGAGUCAGACGGAAGCAGCUUCGUUGAUUCCGCACAGCCAGCCUCCGCCAGAAGUGGAAACGGAUUUGGAAGCCGAAACGGAUGUGAUUGAGUCGUCGUCUGGCCCAUCUUCUACCCCGCCACCGACUCCACCUCAGCGAAUGGACUCGAUUUGCCUGCAAUAAAUGUUGGGCGACUUGAUGACAUUUAUUUUGGUCUGCCGAGAUCUUGCAAAAUGACGUCCGUCUCAAACGUCACGACGAUCUCGAUUGUCACGACGAUCUCGAUUCGGAGAGAAAAGAAAGAUUGCUGUGAUUAUGGAACAUAGAAAAACAAAAAACAAAAAAACCAACAAAACAAAUUGUUUGAGAUGCUGGAGGCGGACGAUGGCUCAACACGCAAAAAUUUCGAUUGCACAACAUUGUCUUACUCAACAUUCUCUUUCUCGAUGUGACCGAUUCCUUCCGAUGAGUAGCUUGAAAAUGUGGAAAUUUCAUUUGAACUCUCGACGUGUGCCAUACUAAUAAUCUUCACAAACACACUUAAACAUAUAAAUAUAUUCUAUUUGAACAGUCGGCAUGGUUGCCUACGUCGGCUUAUUUGAAUUUGGUGUUCUGACACGAUUGAUCUCGAUGUUAUCCUGCUGUAAACAUAACCGUUUUGUCAUCUGUGUAAUAUUUGCGCGACUAAUUUCUUUUUGGUUAAUGACGAAUCGUGCCAAUACGAAGUAAUUGAUGAAACAUGAAAAUAUUUCAAACAAAAAAAAAACAAAUAAUCAAUGGCAGUGUCUAGUCUAUAAGCGGCCCGUCUUUGGCAGGUGUGUGUAAAUUCGAUCAAUACUCAGCCAAGUCAUAUUCAACUGCUGAAUUAACAUUUCGAUAUCUCCACCUAAAAGUUUGUUUCAUCACGUUCUGCAACGCUGUCGUUACUUUUAAUUAGAUUAACAUGUUUUAUAUUAAUUAGGAUUCAUGCGGACUCUGCGGAAAAAAAGACUAUCAUGCCCAAAUUCCAAGGAAAAUGAUGUAAUACAAUAAAAGAAAAAUCAA